UUAAAUUUUUGAAUGUGAUUUAUUAGAAUUUGUAGAAAAUGGAUAAUAAUAAACGAUUCAAUCCAUAUAUCAGCGUUGAUGCGGAGGAAGAAAUAGUUAUCUCUGGUAUCGCUGGACGAUUUCCAAAUUGUGAUAAUAUGAAAGAAUUUCAGGACAAUCUGUUAAAUAAAAUGGAUCUUGGUUCGAAAGAUCAUCGCUGGACCAACUGUACCUAUAAAGUGCCUCCUCGAAUAGGAAAAAUCAACAAUAUAGCAAAAUUUGAUGCAAAAUUUUUUAAUAUGUCGAUCGAAGAAGCUCAUACCCAUGAUCCUGGAACUAGAAUAUUGCUCGAAAACACCUAUGCAGCAAUCAUUGACGCAGGCGUCAAUCCUGCAGAACUGCAGGGAACAAGGACGGGAGUUAUCACAGCAAUGUCCAUGUCUGAUUCAAGUCUCAAAACAAUAUACGAAAAGUCUCAUGUUGCUGGAUUACCGAUACUUGGUUGCAGUAAAAGUAUGUUAGCAAAUAGAAUUUCUUACUGGCUCAACGUUACUGGACCAUCGUAUAAUGUUGAUACUGCAUGUAGCUCGAGCCAUUUCGCUAUGGUGGAAGCUUACAAUUUGAUUCGAUCUGAAUAUUGCGAUGCAGCUAUUGUCGCUAGUGUCAAUUUGUGCAUUUAUCCUCAAGAGUUUUAUCCGCCCAUGGCUACUGUAAACCUUACGAUGAAGAAGGUACCGGUUACAUGCGUAGCGGCUACAGUAAUGUUCUUGCAAAAAGCAAAGGAUGCAAGAAGAAUCUAUGCGACUUUUAUUUAUGGUAAAGUCAAUUGCGAUGGUUUUAAGGAAGAAGGAAUUACUUUUCCAUCAUUGGAUAAACAAAAAUUAUUAUUGGAAGAAUUUUACAAAGAAUGUAACGUUUCGCCUCGUGAGCUGUCUUACCUAGAAGCUCAUGCAACUGGCACUGUAGCCGGCGAUCCCAUAGAGCUUCAAGCAGUCGACGAAGCUUUAUGCAUCAAAAGAGAUUUUCCUCUAUUAAUGGGUUCAGUAAAAUCGAAUAUUGGACAUUCUGAACCCGUUAGCGGCCAUUGCCAAAUUGCAAAGGUUUUAAUAGCGAUGGAAACUGGUAUAAUUCCUCCUACUAUACAUUUAAAACAUCCACGAAAGAAUAUGACUGCUAUCAUUGAAGGAAGAGUAAAAAUAGUUACUGAACCGACAGAAUGGAAGGGUGGCUACGUCGGUAUUAAUUCUUUCGGAUUUGGUGGUGCUAAUUCCCAUAUAUUAUUGAAAUCAAAUCCGAAAAUUAAAGUUAAUGAAACAAAUAAUAAUUUACCUAAGCUUGUAGUUAUAUCUGGACAUACCGAAGAAGCAGUUAAAAUCAUGUUAAAUGACAUACAGAAUCGGGCAGUAGAUGUAGAAUAUAUAUCUCUUCUGCAUCAUAUUCAUAACAGCAAUACAAAAGAUCAUCUCUACAGAGGAUAUAUAAUUGCUGGAUCCAAAAUAACUGAUAAAGCAAUAAUUAAAAGGAGACGCAACUUAUAUACGAAAAAACCGAUUUGCUUUAUAUUUUCUGGAAUUGGAUCUCAGUGUCUUAACAUGGGUCGAGCUUUAAUGGAAUUUCCAGUAUUCGCUAAAUCAAUCCAAAAAUGCGAUACUGUUUUGAAACCUUAUAAGAUAUUUGUCACAGAGAUUCUAUUAAAUAACGACAAUAUGCUUGAUAACGUAGUCAAUUUAUUUGUAAGCCUUAUUGGAUUACAGAUCGGAAUAGUUGAUCUUUUAAGAAGUAUUGGUAUCACUCCUGAUGUAAUAAUGGGUCAUUCCAUUGGCGAAUUGGUUUGUGGAUAUGCCGAUGGAUGCUUGACGGCCGAAAAAACCAUCAUGUUGGCUUAUUAUGUCGGUUUAGCAUUUCUUGAGUCAAAAAUAAAAGGUGGCUUGAUGGCUGAAAUUAAUUUAGAUUUAGAAAUUAAUUUAGAAACUAUAAAGGAUAUGUGUCCAUCGGAUAUCGAUGUAGCUUGUUGUAAUAGUUCGCAUAAUUAUAUUGUGAGUGGACCAACAAGCUCUAUAAGAGCAUUCCUCGCUAAACUACAGAAUGACAACAUUUCUGUAAAAGAAAUUUCCUUUGGACAUAUACCUUUUCAUAGUCGUUACGUCGAGCCUGCGAGAGUUAAACUUUUGGAUUACCUGAAUAAGAUAUUGCCUCAGGAAGCCUCUCCGAGCUCAAAGUGGUUGAACAUGUUGGACAAAUCCUAUGAAUGGUUCAGCAUAUCUCCAAAUAUUUCGUAUCUAGCAAAAUAUUAUACAAAUAGCCUAUUAACUUCAGUAGAAUUUUCAGAAGCUAUGCGUUUUAUUCCAAAUGACGCGGUGACGAUUGAGAUAGCGCCGCACGACAUUCUACAAUACAUUCUUAAUGAUUCAUUAAAUGCAACUGUGACAAAUGUCGCGUUAUACGAAUUUUCUCACAAACCAAACGUUGAGAUAUUCUUACACGCAAUUGGAAAACUUUAUAAUGCAGGAUUACAGCUACAAAUUGCAAAUUUAUAUCCACAAGUUAAGUUUCCUGUGAGUCGUAAUACACCGAUGAUUUCUCAUCUUAUAAGAUGGGAUCAUUCCGAAGAUUGGUAUGUAUGUCAUUAUUUCAGACAAACAAAACUUGAUAUUGGGGAAUCGAAACAAAAUCCAAUCGAUUUAACUCUUAUGAUACAAAAAGAUAGUUGCAAAUUUGAAAUAAUCGAAGGAGAGAGUGCUGUCGUCACUGGAACAGUACGAAUUCCAGUCAAUAUUGAAGACGAAAAAAUAUGUAGCACAUUUGUUGAUCGAAAUGACAAUGACAAAGAGGAGAUGAAUACAAAAGAUAUUUACAAAGAAUUGAAACUUCAUGGUUAUCAAUAUACCGGCGAAUUUUGUGGAUUAAGAAGCGCGUCAAUCACAGGAAAGAAUGGUCAUAUUGCCUGGAAUGACAAUUGGAUAACGUUUAUGGACAAUAUCUUACAGUUGAUGAUUUUAGGGCAGGAUUCGAGAAGCCUUUUUGUACCAACAAAAAUUCAUAAAGCGGUAAUCGAUCCAAAAUCUCACAUAAAAUAUAUUGAAAAACUUUCAAAUGAAAAAAAACAAGUCCUUGUACAAAAUUAUAAGCACUUAGAUGUUUUGAUAUCUGGAGGAAUAGAAAUACACGGUCUCGUAGCUACAGCUAUAUCUCGUCGACAAAAUGUAGCCAAUCCCGUUUUUGAAGAAUACAAGUUUGUUGCUCAUCGAGAUUUCAAUGUGACAUCUUUGCAAGAUGCAAUAAGAAUGUCGGUGCACGUUGCACUUGAGUGCCAUAACCUGAUAAACGUAAAAAUCAUUGAAUUUAUCGAAAGUAGCGACGAAAUGAUGCCGGAGAAUUUAAAUUCUUUACAUGUUUAUAAAAUUUUAGACGACUUACCGCAAAUAUGUUACAAUAUCAAAAUAGUAACGAGUAACGAACGAUUCAAAGAUAUUUCUUUGCCCGACAGUAUUUCUAUAAUAGAAUUUGAUAAAUUGACAAAAAAUGAAAAUUGUUUGAUGAUCAUAGGUUUCGGAAUUUUAACAAAAAAUAGAAAUGAUUUAUACGAACAAUUAUUGUCUGCCGUAAUGCCAAUGGGAUUUCUUCUGACAUUGGAAGAGUUAGAUGUUAUUCACGAUUAUUCAUGUCUGGACAAUUAUGGAUUAAAAGUAAUUUUGGAAAAAUGCACCAACGAUAAGAAAAUUAUAUUAUUAAGAAAAAUACAAGAUUUUAAGACGAUUCAGCAGAUUGUGUAUGUAAACAAUCGCGAAUUCUCAUGGGUAAAUAAAAUUAAAUCAAUCAUGAACGUGGAAAAUGACAACAUAAAUACGAGGAUUAUAAUCGUCGCAGAAGGAGACUUCGAAUGCGGUCUGCUCGGUUUUGUCAAUUGUUUGCGAAAAGAAUCGGAUGGGGAAAUGAUUAGAAGUGUAUUUAUUCAAGAUGAAAAUGCACUUGCUUUUUCAUUGCAAGAAUCGUUAUACAUGACGCAGCUACAGCUGGAUUUACCCAUCAAUGUUAUACGUUCCGGUAUUUGGGGAUCUUACAGACAUUUUCCAUUACCAUUAUUAGAACCAAAACUCGUAGAGAGUGCUUAUGUUUCUCAAAUGGUGCGAGGUGAUCUGAGUACUCUUUGUUGGAUGCAAAGUAGGAUAUCUUUCGUCAACAAUAAUGAAGAAAAUCUAGUAAGAGUAGUCUAUGCAUCUAUCAAUUUUAGAGAUGUCAUGAUAGCUAGCGGUAGACUCACCAUUGAAUCUAUUACAACCGAACGAAAUAAUAAUUCUUUAAUUGGAAUGGAAUUUGCUGGUUUUAAUAAAACUGGGAAAAGAAUAAUGGGAUUAUGUUCAACAGGAGGAAUGACAAAUAUUCUCAUAACUGACAAAUAUCUUAGUUGGAUCAUACCUGACAUGUGGACGAUGGAAGACGCUGCGACGGUUCCUUGUGUAUAUAGCACGUGUUAUUACGCUUUGUAUUUGACUGGUAAAAUGAAAAAAGAUGAUAAAGUGUUGAUUCACUCUGGUACGGGAGGUGUUGGUCAAGCUGCUAUUCAUCUUGCCAUUUACGAGGGUUGCGAAGUGUUUACGACGGUUGGGAGUAUCGAGAAACGAGAUUUUAUAAGAAAAACGUUUCCCUCUAUUCCCGAGGAUCACAUCGGAAACUCUCGUGAUACGAGCUUUGAACAAAUGAUUAUUCAGGGAACGAAAGGUCGCGGAGUAAAUAUCGUAUUAAAUUCUUUAGCUGAAGAGAAACUGCAAGCGUCUGUCCGUUGCUUAGCAAAGGGUGGUCGUUUUCUCGAGAUUGGAAAGUUUGAUAUGGUUUCCAAUAAUCCUCUAGAAAUAUUUGCAUUUUCAAAAGGUAUUAGUUUUCAUGGCAUUUUAUUGGAUAAGUUAUUUUCUGCAGAACCAGAGAGUAAAGCAAUAAUGUGGAAUAAAUUAAAAGAAGGCUUCAAGAAUGGCGCCAUCAAACCGUUAUGCAGAAAAGUUUUUGAAAAGCAUGAAAUAGAAACUGCGUUUAGAUAUAUGGCUGCUGGAAAGCAUAUUGGAAAGAUAAUGAUAAAAGUUCAAAGAGAAAAUGAACUGGAUGCAGCUAUACUUGCAUAUCCCCGGUACUAUUGCCUGGAACACAAAUGCUAUAUCGUUAUAGGUGGUCUGGGAGGUUUUGGUCUAGAAUUAACUGAUUGGUUAAUUUUACGUGGCGCAAGAAACUUAGUAUUGACUUCGCGAACUGGAAUAAAAAACGGUUAUCAGCAAUCAAGAAUAACAUUAUGGCAAUCUUACGGUGUGAAUGUGCAAAUCGUUACAGCUGCUGAUACUUCGAAAUACGAAGACUGUAAAUUUAUAUUGAAAUUUGCCGAAGAACAAGGUCCUGUGGAUGCUAUAUUCAAUCUCGCAGUUGUGUUGAAAGAUGACAUAUUAAAGAAUCAGUCCUCACAAGCAUUCAAAGAUUCUUUUAUAUCAAAGGCAUGGACGACGAAAAGGAUGGACAAAUUAUCGAGAACAAUUUGUCCCAAGCUCCGACAUUUUGUCGUUUUUUCUUCCGUUUCAUGCGGAAGAGGUAACGCGGGCCAAACAAAUUACGGAAUGGCAAAUUCCGUAAUGGAAAGAAUUUGUGAAAGAAGAAUGAAAGAUGAUUUACAUGGUUUGGCUAUACAGUGGGGCGCGAUUGGUGAUGUUGGACUUGUCGCAGAUAUGCAAGAAGACGAUAAAGAACUUGUUAUUGGUGGUACAUUGCAACAAGGAAUAUCCUCCUGCUUGGACACAUUAGAAGUGUUCUUGCUACAAGAGCGGCCAAUCGUAAGCAGCAUGGUUGUUGCUGAGAAAAAAAAAAGUUCUGGCGAAGCAACGAAUCCAUUUAAAGCAGUUGUAAACAUUAUGGGAUUAAAGAAUCCAAACAUGGCGGCGCCAAAUAUGUCACUGGCUGAACUAGGCAUGGAUUCAAUGAUGGCAGUGGAGAUUAAACAGACAUUGGAGAGGGAAUUCGAUAUUUUUUUGACGGCACAAGAUAUUCGAAAUCUCACUUUUGCAAAACUUAAUGUAACAGAAGCUAAUGUAAAUGAUUUGGAUAGUUUAAAAAUAUUGACUCGAAAACUUAACGAUUCAGACUUGAGUCCAGACAUUUGUGUAAAACUCGCUACAGAGAGGAAAGUUGCUGGGAGUGAAAUAUUUCUUAUACCAGGAAUCGACGGGUGUGCAAGUGUAUAUAAACUAAUAGGAUCGAAAAUUAAAUCUUCGGCGAUAUGUUUGCAACAUGGUGUACUUAAUAUGCCAGGUGUUACUUCGUCAGUAAUGAAAUCAGCAGCAUAUCUUCUGCCUCACGUAUUGGAGAAAAUACAAAGUGGAAAAGAAUUUCUAAUUAUCGGUUAUUCAUUUGGAUCUUUAAUUGCCAUUGAAUUAGCGAGAUUAUUAGAAGCUGAGAAUUUCUCUGGACGUUUAAUACUUAUAGAUGGAGCUCCUGAUCAAAUAAAAUUCUUGCUUAAGAAAUUUUUUUAUCAUACUAUAGAACAAGAGAUACAAAAUAAUGUUUUACUUUUUUAA